AUGGGAAGUGAGGUGAAAGAAAGAUCAUCUCAAGAUUUUUUAGACAUAUGGAAAAGAUCCGAACCUCCACAAGAUACUUCUAAAAAUGUACAAUCCCCCAUAUCGAAAACCAAAAUCGGAGAACGUCUGAAUGGUGAAAGAUCUUUAUUAUGGACGAACUUAUCACAAAUGUCUCCUGCUGAUCAAGCAGUUAUGAUGGGCAAGCUAACUAACUCUUGGCCUUAUGCGAAUGAAAGAAGAGCUUUGAAUUGGCCAAUGCACGCCGGCUUACUCACAAAUUGCGUUACAUCAGCAUUUAUCGCUACAAAAAUCAACUCUGAUAUGAUUUUGUAUAACUCGAAGGUUCCUUUCUUAGAAGCUGUUCAGAAAUGUCCCAAAGCACCUUUCAUUUUUGGAGUUUAUACAUCAGGCGUGACUUAUUUUGUCUUAAAGCAGGUGACUGUGAUGAAAACUGUGUAUAGAGAAAGUAAUCCUUGCGCCUCUUGUCUUCUAUCUCAGUCUAUGGCUAUUUCUCUAUUCACUGGCAUAGUCAUGCCCAUGGUUGCUACACCAUAUCUUUGUUACUAUGUGUUGAUGCAAAGAAAAAAUGAGAAGUUCCCACCAAUCAAGAACAUGCUCGACUUCCUUAUGUUAUCCAUAGAAGGAAGCAAAGCAGCACGUCCUCUUUUGCUUCGGCUGAUACCUUUACAAUUCAUUGUCACUGCUGUAUCGACUUAUGCUAUGCUCUGGGGUCGUGAAAGGGUGUUUAAUACUAUGGAUGCAGAUCCUGAUCUGGCUAAAGAACUGCUUGUAACAGUUCAAAGCAAACCAUCGUUCAAGGAGAGGUUCACCAACUUUCUCAGAAGCAUUCCAUUUUUAUCUGAUGCCAUGCCUGCAGAAGCUCCUGAACAAGAAAGAGUUUAA